UGGCAGCGAGUGGUCUCUGUGCCCUGGGGAAGUAGAUGCAGGUUGAGCAGAUGGAAGGAAGGUGCUAAGGAGGUCCUGGGAGGGCCCUGGAGGCCCAAGAGUGGGAACCACUCCCCCUCCUCCCCUCACCUCUGUGUUGUUUUUGGCGACCUGCCCAGUAGGGCCUUGGUUGAGCUGCUGCUGGCCUCACGGCUCUGGGGCCUCAAAGUGAGGCCCUCGGGAGGGCAAGUGGGUGGGGUCUGGAGGCUGGUGGCGGGAACCUCACAGCCAGACUCCUAGGCCCUGGGAAGGUGCCCCGCCCCAGGGAAAAUGCCAAUGGGGGAAGAGAUCUCUUCUCUCAGCCCCCAAGGAGACUUGUACAGAAUGUAGGCAUGGCCACAGAGUGACAGAGUCCUGGGCCUCCUUGUGAGGCCCUGGCACUGAGCCUCCCCUCCCAGUCCUCUGAGAAGCUAGGAAAUCUGGUGCAAAAAGGAGAUCACAAGGUGAUGUUUGCAGACCCCACAGUUUAUGAGAUGUUAUAAUCCCUCAAUUCCCUGUGAGAUGGGUAUUUCUACAUCUACCUUACAGAUAAGGAAACUGACACUCAGAGAGGUUCAGUGAUUUGCCCAAGGUCACACAGACAUUGUGUGGCAGAUCAGGGUCCCUGUCCUCCCUCUUCGCUCCUGCACUCAGCUGCCCGUCAGAAUUACCUAGUGAUUUUUCUGAAAGUGCCAACUCCCUGUUCUUCCUCAGAGUUAGAAUCAUCCUAGAGGUCUUGUGACUCUGCAAAUCAAAACGGUCUCCAGGUGACUCUAAAACAGUUCUCAGAAGGGAGGCUGGGAACUCUUACUCCAUAUCACAGUGAGGCAGAGGAAACUGAUGGAAAGGGAGGUGCCAGGGUUCCCCUUUAUCCUUCUGGUGGAUGGCUAGAACCUUCUGGCUGGCCAAAGAGAGGUGCUCCCUCAGCCUCCUCCAUUUGAUAUCUGGUCACUGGUGGUUUGGCAUUCCCUGCCCUCCCAGGUCCUCUUAAAGGAGCAGGUGGCUGGGAGGAGAGAGGAGCAGCUGCCCUGGCCUCAACCCUGCCCUCUCUCCCUCCCCUGCUCCCGUUUCUGAGCUGUCUCCUUCUCUGGCCAGAGGAAAUGGGGUGGGCUGAGGGUGGCCCAGUGAGCUCACAUCCUCUGGCUGAGCCUAAAUCAGGAGUGACCCUUCUACCCCCAGAGCCAGACCAGGGAAGAAGAUUGUGAUGCAGGGGAAGUGCCUGGAGCCACUGCCAGGAACCAGGACCCUCCGCCCUCCAACCAAGGUCCCAAGCCCAGUCACUCUGAGCCUCUCCCCCACCGCCUUUCCGGCCAUUGUUCUGGAAAGAACAGAGCCACCCAGCCUGCCCCUGCCCCUGUUCCUGUCCCUCCUGUCACAUUGUCCUGCCACUCCCCGGAGGGGCUGUAUCUCACCACUGAGCUGCCCCAUUCCGGACUGUCCAGGCUGGCAGCAGGUGGAGGGACUUUUUGUGUGUCCUCCCCGCUGACCUCGUUGUCUUCACCAAAGCUCGGAGAGGUACCCUGGCUGGCCAAGGUCGUGCAGCCAGUAAGGGGGAGACUUUGGACCACACACUUCCUGCUUCUAAAGCCCCUUUCCUUUCCAUUGCCCUGAAUGGCUCUGUGUGACAAGGGCUUUCCAAGGGGCCUCGAGGAAGGCUGGGAGGCCUAUGUUUCUUUCCAGCAGCCCCACCCCUUCUCCCCUUCUGUCACUGCCCAGCUCUGUAUUUACCUUUUCUGCGUAGUACAUAGCUUAAUACGGCUCAGCCCUAAACGUAGCUAGUCCCCUCUCUCCCCAUCCCAUGCUCCUCACUAUCGUGUCGAUCCCUCCCUGUUGGAAUGAAGCCCUGUCUUGCUGGGGUAUUCAGGGGCCCACCAGGGCCUGGAGGGCAGGCCUGGACCAGCAUGCUUGGCACCCUGCCCAGCCUGGGUUGAGCCAGGCCUCCUCCUUCCCAGCAAGGGUGGGUUCCAGCAGGAGGCAGGGGCCCGCCUGUGACAGACAUUCCCCUUCCCCCUCAAGGACCGCCCCCUCCUGUGUCCUGGCCCCUGCCUGGAGCACACCUGCCUGAAUCCUGUCACCAUUCCUGACAGGGAUGAACCAGCGGACUGCCUGUGCCCCUGGCUCCUCUGGCCACCACCCCGUAGAGAGCCCUGUGCCCGGGGCGUGGACAUCUCUGCUGGGGAGCCUGUGGGUGCAGAAUCAGCAGUUAUCUCCCUGACAGGAGCCAGUGGGGGGACUGUACCAGAGGACGGCAUGUGGGCCCUGAUGGCUAACAUGUAAGGAGUCCUAAAGGGCAGCGGCUCCCAUCUUUGGCGUGCUGACGAGGGUCAGGCAUUAUCCUCACAACCCUGGUGAGCCAGUUCUGUGAUUGGCCCAUUUUACAGAUGAGGACACUAAGCCCGACAGGUUAAGUGACUUGUUCAGGAUCUCACAACCGGUACAUGGCAGAGCUGGGCACAGCGCAGGUUCUGUCUGAUGCCACCUUCUUCACCACGUUCCACUCAGGGAUGUCCCCGGGCUUGGGCCCAGUCCUGGCAUCUGCCCUGCAACCCUCCAGCAUCUAGUGCCCCUCUCCUUUCUCUCGCAGCCCCCUCGGCCCAGUGGGACAAUGAGACACUCCUUGGCCCUUUCAGGCAGGAAUGCUAACCAUGCAUUCGUGGGCCUGUCCAUUGAGGGCACGGCAUGCCAGUCCCCCCCUUUCCCGCCCCCUUUGGCUCUAUAAACAAGCUGGGCUGGGGGCCCAGGGAAGCCAGGCCACUGCUGCAGCAGCUCCCUGCACCGGGUGCCCUCAAGCUGAUGGGCUGGCCGGCCGGGUGGGGAACCACAGGGACAGGAUCACAGAAGGGCCAUGGGGCAGGUGCUUUCUUGCACACCAAGAGAGCUCCUCGGCUCCACAAAGAGACUCAACGUCAACUACCAGGAUGCUGAUGGAUUCUCUGCCCUCCAUCAUGCCGCCUUGGGGGGCAGCCUGGAGCUCAUAGCCUUGCUACUGGAGGCUCAGGCCACCGUUGACAUCAAAGACAGCAAUGGCAUGCGCCCACUGCACUACGCAGCCUGGCAAGGCCGGCUGGAGCCCGUGAGGCUGCUGCUGCGGGCCUCCGCGGCCGUGAACGCCGCCUCGCUGGAUGGGCAGAUCCCGCUGCAUCUGGCUGCCCAGUAUGGACACUAUGAAGUGUCAGAAAUGCUCCUCCAGCAUCAGUCCAACCCUUGCCUGGUCAACAAGGCAAAGAAGACACCCCUGGAUCUGGCUUGCGAGUUUGGGCGACUUAAGGUGGCCCAGCUACUACUGAACAGUCACUUGUGUGUGGCGCUGCUGGAGGGUGAGGCCAAGGACCCGUGUGACCCCAACUACACCACGCCCCUGCACUUGGCUGCCAAGAACGGCCACAGAGAGGUCAUCAGGCAGCUCCUGAGAGCUGGGAUCGAGAUCAACCGCCAGACCAAGACAGGCACCGCACUCCACGAGGCUGCGCUGUAUGGCAAGACCGAGGUAGUCCGGCUGCUCCUGGAGGGCGGGGUGGAUGUGAACAUUCGGAACACGUAUAACCAGACGGCACUGGACAUUGUGAAUCAGUUCACCACCUCCCAGGCCAGCCGAGAAAUCAAGCAGCUGCUGCGUGAGGCCUCGGGGAUCCUGAAGGUCCGAGCACUCAAGGACUUCUGGAACCUCCACGAUCCCACUGCUCUCAAUGUCCGGGCAGGGGACGUCAUCACGGUGCUUGAGCAACAUCCCGACGGCCGCUGGAAGGGCCACAUCCAUGAGAGCCAGAGGGGCACGGACCGUGUGGGCUACUUCCCCCCAGGCAUCGUGGAGGUGGUCAGCAAGCGAGUGGGCAUCCUCGCGCCCCGCCUCCCAUCGGUGCCCACCCCCCUCCGCCCAGGCUUCUCUCGGACACAGCAGCCCCCUGCCGAUGACCCCCUGCACUCUCUGACCUAUGGCCAGCUCCCUCGGGUGGGCCUCAGCCCAGAUAGCCCAGCAGGUGACAGGAAUAGCGUGGGCAGCGAGGGCAGCGUGGGCAGCAUCCGCAGUGCCGGCAGCGGGCAGAGUUCCGAGGGCACCAACGGCCAUGGCACCGGCCUUCUUAUUGAGAAUGCUCAGCCACUGCCUUCCCCCGGAGAGGACCAGGUGUUGCCAGGACUGCACCCCCCGUCCCUGGCAGACAACCUGAGCCACCGCCCUCUGGUCAACUACCACUCUGGGGAACAGCUUUUCACCCAGGACGUGAGGCCGGAGCAGCUGCUGGAGGGGAAGGAUGCGCAGGCCAUUCAUAACUGGCUGAGUGAGUUCCAGCUGGAAGGCUACACCGCCCACUUCCUGCAGGCUGGCUACGACGUGCCAACCAUCAGCCGUAUGACGCCUGAGGACCUGACGGCCAUCGGGGUCACCAAGCCGGGGCACAGGAAGAAGAUCGCCUCGGAGAUUGCUCAGCUCAGCAUCGCCGAGUGGCUGCCCAACUACAUCCCGGCGGACCUGCUGGAGUGGCUGUGCGCGCUGGGGCUGCCGCAGUACCACAAGCAGCUGGUGAGCAGUGGCUACGACUCCAUGGGGCUGGUGGCCGACCUCACCUGGGAGGAGCUGCAAGAGAUCGGGGUCAACAAGCUCGGUCAUCAGAAGAAGCUUAUGCUGGGAGUGAAACGGCUGGCCGAGCUUCGGCGGGGCCUACUGCAGGGGGAGGCCCCAGCUGAAGGUGGCCGCCGUCUAGCCAGAGGCCCAGAGCUGAUGGCCAUUGAGGGGCUGGAGAAUGGGGACGGUCCGGCUGCAGCUGGCCCACGCCUCCUCACCUUUCAGGGCAGUGAGCUGAGCCCAGAGCUACAGGCAGCCAUGGCUGGGGGUGGCCCCGAGCCCCUCCCCCUGCCCCCUGCCCGCUCUCCCAGCCAGGAGAGCAUUGGAGCACGCUCACGAGGGUCCGGUCACUCCCAGGAACAGCCGGCCCCCCAGCCCAGUGGUGGAGACCCGAGCACCCCACAGGAGAGGAACCUUCCAGAGGGCACAGAGCGGCCCCCUAAGCUUUGUUCCCCACUUCCUGGUCAAGGCCCCCCGCCUUAUGUUUUUAUGUAUCCCCAGGGCUCACCCUCCAGCCCAGCCCCGGGGCCACCUCCUGGUGCACCUCGUGCCUUCUCCUACUUGGCUGGUCCCCCCGCCACUCCUCCAGACCCACCUCGGCCCAAGCGCCGGUCCCAUAGCCUAAGCCGCCCCGGCCCCACCGAGGGGGAAGCAGAGGGAGAGGCUGAAGGGCCAGUGGGCAGUGCCUUGGGGAGCUACGCCACCCUCACUCGGCGACCGGGACGCAGUGCCCUAGCUCGGACCAGCCCUAGCCCGACUCCAGCUCGAGGGGCCCCCCGCAGCCAGUCCUUUGCCCUUCGUGCCCGACGCAAAGGCCCCCCGCCCCCACCCCCUAAACGCCUCAGCUCUGUCUCUGGCCCCACCACGGAGCCGCCUCCACUAGACGGAAGCCCGGGGCCCAAGGAGGGGGCCUCUGUGCCCCGAAGGCGAACACUAAGUGAACCAACUGGCCCAUCAGAGCCCCCCGGCCCACUUGCCCCAGCUGGCCCCGUGUCGGACACAGAGGAGGAGGAGCCAGGACCUGAGGGGACGCCCCCAUCUCGGGGCAGCUCAGGAGAAGGGCUCCCCUUUGCCGAGGAGGGGAACCUGACUAUCAAACAGCGGCCGAAGCCAGCUGGCCCCCCACCCCGGGAGACGCCUGUGCCCGCUGGCCUCGAUUUCAACCUCACAGAAUCAGACACUGUUAAGCGGAGGCCCAAAUGCCGGGAGAGAGAGCCACUGCAGACGGCACUUCUGGCCUUUGGAGUGGCCAGUGCCACGCCCAGCCCCGCUGCCCUCCUUCCCUCCCAGACCCCCGGCGAGGCCCCCUCCUCAGCUUCUCCCAGCCCUCCCCGGCCUGACCCUAGCAGCCUUCCAACUCAGGGAGCUCCAGCCCCUCUUUCUUCCGGCUCCCCAGCCCAGCCCCCUGCUCCCCCCUGCUCUGGGCCUGCUCUGGAGAACUCGGCGGGCAGUUGGCGGCAUGGGGAGACUGAGCCCCCAGCUUCCCCCGCUGCCCUCAUCAAGGUGCCAGGUGCAGGAACAGCCCCCAAGCCUGUGUCUGUGGCCUGCACCCAGCUGGCAUUUUCUGGUCCUAAGCUGGCUCCUCGGCUCGGCCCCCGCCCCGUGCCCCCUCCAAGGCCAGAGAGCACUGGAGCCGUGGGCUCUGGCCGGGCCCAGCAGAGACUGGAACAGACCAGCUCAUCCCUGGCAGCUGCAUUAAGGGCCGCAGAGAAGAGCAUUGGCACAGAGGAACGAGAAGGCCCUCCCGGCACCUCCACCAAGCACAUUCUGGAUGACAUCAGCACCAUGUUUGAUGCCCUGGCUGACCAGCUGGAUGCCAUGCUUGAUUGAGACUUUCUGGCAGCCGUCAGCGGUGCAGCGUCCGUUGCCUUUGCCCCCAGCAGGGUCCCCCCUGCGGUUCCAAGCCAGCGACCGUCAGCACUGCAGCUCUAGGGGGCGGUCUUCAUGGCAGGCUGAGGGGACCUGUCAGAACCUCACAUGUCAGCAGGGCUCCCUCCCGCUGUGUAAUCUGACCAGACAGCCCUGCCCCCGUGGACAGGGACCCUGGUAAGAGCUUCCUGCGCCCUCCUAUCACCUCCCGUGUCUCCAGUGUCUGUGCCGAGGACCUACUGACGCCUGCUGUGCCGUGCUGUCCUGGCACUCUAAAAGGCUGGAGAGAGCUGUGUGUCUGACCCAGUUCCCACAGGUAUACACAGGACAUGGAAAUAGGCAGCCAGGGGCUUGCUGUCAGCAGCGGUGGCGGUGCCCAGACCAGCCCCUGCUCCCGCUGCUGCCUGCCCUCAGUGAGGCAAAGCUGGCGGGCAUGGGGGCAGUGGGAUUAACAGAUGCCCAAAGUCCAAACUUUUUCAACUGUAAAUGUUAUUUUUUAAGCAGAGAGAAAUGCAUAUAUUUUAAAUGGAAUUUAUUCUAUCUAUAACCACCUGAGAGGACACAAGGGAAGGGGCUUCGAACCACAGCAAGAGUGCCCACUGCCCACCUCGGGGCCGGAAGCCUGAUCUGGUUGGCCCAGGCCCCGGCUCUGUAACCAUUAACCUCUUCUCCCAACUAACACCAAUGAAAGUGUCAUUCCACGUGA